AUGGACCGGAUGGUGGCCACUUUGGAGCAGAGAGGACUCAUCAAAACAGAACCAACCACUACUGAAACUACAACACUGGAACCAACCACAGCUGAAACAACAACAGUGGAAGCAACCACUGCAGAAAUUACGAUAUCGGAACCAACCACUGCUGAAAUGACUACAUCACAACCAACCACUGCUGAAACCACGACAUUAGAACCAACCACAAUGGAAAAAAUUACUACUUCCGAACCAUCAACAACACCGGAACAAACCACUGUGGAAACUACAACACCGAAACCAACCACUGAAAAAAAAAGUACGACAUCAGAACCAACCACAACAGAAACUACGACUUUAGAACAGUCAACCACACUGGAAACAACCACAGCUGAAACUAAACCAUCAACCACACUGGAAGCAACCACUUCUGAAAAUACUACAUCAGAACAAACCACAGCGGAAACUGCUACUACAGAACCAUCAACCACACUGGAAGCAACCACUUCUGAAAAUACUACAUCAGAACAAACCACAGCGGAAACUGCUACUACAGAACCAUCAACCACACCAGAAUCAACCACAGAAGAAACAACUACUUCAGAACCAUUAACAACACUGGAACAAACCACUGGUGAAACUACAACUACCACUGCUGAAAGUACGACAUCAGAACCAACCACAGUGGAAACUACAACACCAGAACAAACCACAGAUGAAGGCACUACAUUAGAACCAACCACUGUGGAAAUUUCUACUUCUGAACCAUCAACAACACUGGAACACACCACCACUGAAUACGACAUCAGAACCAACCACAUCGGAAUCAUCAACAGUAAAACCAUCAACAACACCAGAAUCAACCACUGA